UGUGCUGCCAGCAUGAAAGGUAUAUUUCUGGCUGUAUUAUUGCUGCAAGUGCUGGCGGCUUGGGCCCUGAAUUGUCAGCCCUGUAAACUGCUGGAAGCUCGCAAGACCCAUGCAAAUGAGACACAGACGCAACUAAGGGGUUAAGAAAUGAAAGGAUAUUUUUGUGUGUGCAAAAUAAUUGGUGCCAGUGCUAAGCAAAAAUUUACUACAAAGAGAAAAGAAAUUAAUGCAUUAGAAAACAAUUUCAAAAACAAAUGCAACUUUUUAUAUUAAUUAAAUUAACUUUUCUUCCACUGAACUUUCUGUUCUUGGCCCACUGUUCGUAUGGUGUAAUCGAAUGCAUGAAUGAAUGCUUGAUUCAAUUCGAAUAAACACAUUUUGUUUUCCAUUUCCUUUGCAAAAUUUUCCCUAGAAUUACACACAUAAAUAUGUACAGAUGGUUUGUGGCAUAAACAUGUGAGAUGAGGUGUUUUUCCUCUAAUUAGAACUUCCGCUUAAGAUAUACAAAUUCUAUUUGUUAAGAUGUGCUACAUUUAUACACUUGUUAGUGUCAGUUUUGCAGUGGGCUAAAGUUGAAGAGUUAACCUCUCAACCAACCCGCACACAAAUCGCUCUCAACGCUCACCAAAUGCGAGUAGUCUGUGAGGAAGAGCACAACGAUAAGAGGCUCUUUGUGUGAGCAAAGUAAUCA